AUGAGUUGUUUUCUCAUCUUUUGUUGCCAACGUUUUAAUUGAUCAACUGUAGUUUAUGUUCACUGUUUUAUUCUCAUUCUUCACUUGGUUAGCAAUAAAAAUGUCAGGAAACAAGGAACGAACUUUUAUCAUGGUUAAGCCCGAUGGUGUCCAACGAGGAUUAGUCGGUGAGAUCAUCAAACGAUUUGAGGCUAAAGGUUUCAAAUUGGUUGCAAUUAAGAUGAAACAGGCUCCUGAAGAGCUUCUCAAGCAACAUUAUGCUGAACUUGCUGGAAAACCAUUUUUCGCUGGUUUAAUCAAGUAUAUGCUCUCUGGACCAGUUGUCCCAAUGGUCUGGGAAGGAUUAAAUGUUGUCAAGACUGGACGAGUUAUGCUCGGUGAGACCAACCCUGCUGACUCUAAACCUGGAACCAUCAGAGGAGAUUUAUGUAUCCAAGUUGGAAGAAACAUCAUUCAUGGCAGUGAUUCCGUUGAUACCGCUAAGCGAGAAAUUGGACUCUGGUUCGAGGACAAAGAAUUGUCCGACUGGGCUCCAGCUCAACAAACUUGGGUUUAUGAAGACUAAGUUAUAAUCAUAAUCUUCAUUUUAAUUUGUAUCUUGAUUAUGUUCAAUGGUUUUACAAGUAAAUUAGUCAAGAAACUAAAGACACAAACAAUACAA